GCCCAUGAUGCCCGCGGGUGUGGUUGCCCUCUUCGGGCUCGUGGUCCAAAUGUGGUUCCCAAUCUGGACCUUGCAGGAGGAGGGCGCCCCGACCCCCCUGGCUUGUGCGGCCCGCUGCAUUCAACACGACGUCUGCGGGGGGUUCUAUUGGAACUCUUCUUCGUGCCUGCUGGUGGUGGCGGCUACGGUGGCCGGCGCCGUGAAGACCUCAACACCGACGGCCUUCAGGCUCAACUCCUACAGGGACCGCUACCUCCUGCACGAGUAUCCUCAUCAAGAAGGCGUCUCACCCACAGUCGCACUGAAUACAUGCCAGAACAAUGGCAUGGAGCUGGUGCCUUACCCCGCCUCCCUGAAG